AGAGCAUGAGCAGGACUGAAGAGGAAGUUUAAGAAAGUACUAAAGAGUUAUCAAUUUGAUUCCUUCUUGAGUGUUAGACGUGAUACUGAAACGGUCGAACACAAUGAAUUUUUUCCUCAAAGCUCUACUGUGCGCUUUUUUGGUGAAGGCCAUUGCAAAAUCAGCGGUCCCCACAAAAAGUGGUACUGAUGCUAGAAAACCACAGUGUAACGUAAACAACUACUUUUAUGCCGGACCGAAUACUAAGAAGAUCGAACAACAACUGGCCGAAAUCAGAGAAGAAAUCAAGGCGCUCAAAGAAAACCGAACUGGUGGUGGCGGUUCUAGCGGCAAAGGUAUUUCUUUGAACAUCCCUCUUUUCACUGUCUUGUAGCGCUCUGAUCCUAGCGAUUCAGUACUUUCUUUUAAGCGCGCUUAUCGUCUGCAAAAGAUUGAUCACUUGUGUUUCGGUUCACGGCUUAACAGCAGCAAAGAGGUUUUACGACUUAAACGGACUACCCGCUGCUGGGCAAGCGAAGUACGUGCCAAUGAGUGCGUACAUUCAUCUUAUAUUGGUCUAUAUUAGCCCCGGUUCAACGAGGGUCGUUUUAAACUUUAGGAUGAGUAAGUAAAGCCCACUAUUCCAUAUCCACUGUGGAAAAGAAGAGCCCAAAACCAUCAGCAAGAAAAUAAUAAGCUGUUCAUAAAAUUGCGUAUAAGUAUCCAAUAAGGUUGAAUAUAAGACAGUCAUCUCAUCAUAUCACUAGUACAAAACUCGUGCGGAAAUUCACACGAAUCUUUCCAGUAGUCGUAAGCGUUACACUAGCCGUUCUAUUUUCAGUUUACAAGAACUGUGCCGAAAUUUACCAGUUCGGUGUAAAGAUCAAUGGAGUGUACAAAAUCAAUCCUGAUGGUUUGGGCGAAUUUGAAGUGUACUGUGAUCAGAAAACUGCUGGCGGAGGUUGGACCGUGUUCCAGAAGAGGCAAGAUGGCUCUGUGGAUUUUUACCGCCCUUGGGAUGACUACAAAAGGGGAUUCGGGAAUCUGAACGGCGAGUUUUGGCUCGGAUUGGACAAGAUUCAUCGUCUGACUGUAAGCGGCAGUUACAAGCUUCGCGUGGACUUGGAAGAUCUUCAAGGCAGUACAGCAUUUGCAGAGUACAGCUCAUUCGCUGUCACGAGUGAGAGGGUAAAAUACAAACUAAGUUUGGGAAGUUACUCAGGUACGUUAUGAAACGUCACCCCGGUUUGUGAUUUCAAGUAAUAAAUCCAACACUCCUUCCUCCCUACUAGAAGAGCCUCGCUGCCCUACCCAAGCUGCAUGUUAUAAUGCAAUUAAUUCGGCCAAACCUGCUGUAUCAGUAUGAGAAAACGAGCGUUUUAUAACUUCUAUAGCUCGUAAAACUAUUAUCUAGAUCAUAUUGAACAGAUGAUUACUUUGCUUGGACAGCAAACCGCUUAAUCAAACACCUUGCCAGCAACUCAUGAAAACCUAGGACGAUAUAAUUCACUAUAAUUCAUCUUUUUCUUAAGGUACCGCUGGAGAUUCCCUUGGUCCUCACAGAGGAUAUCCAUUCUCCACCAAAGAUCGUGAUAAUGACAGCAGCGGAAGUACUAACUGUGCCGUGCAAUAUAAAGGCGCCUGGUGGUACUACAGCUGCUACAGCUCCAAUCUGAAUGGUUUGUAUCUUCACGGGAAGGACAAUGAUCAAGGAAUGGUGUGGUACAAGUGGAAAAAGAACAGCUACUCUGUAAAGAAAUCUGAGAUGAAGAUACGUCCAAGGGAUUUUUAA